AUGAUCAGAGAACAAUAUGAACCAUCACUUUUAGAAGAAAAGCACUUUACAGAUGCCGAUGAAGAGAUUCGUAAUAAGAACCAACCCGAAAGACUUCAACGUAGAAAGGGUUCUCAAUAUGCAGGUGAGGAGGAGACUUUAGAAGAGGCCCAAUGGAUUUAUGAAGCAGCAUUUGAAGGUAGCAACACUAAUAGCGAAAAAGCAGUCGAAGCAAUCGCACAAAUUUUGAAAUUUAUUCAACAAUACCAGCUUGAAAUACCAUUCAUCUAUACUUAUGAAAAGGAUAUUUAUGAACCAUAUUUCACACUUCAAGAUCUUUGGAAUAUCUUUGAUUUAGACGAAAAAUGGGCUCACAUUAAAGUAAAUAAAAAGAAUUUAGAGGCUAUGGGUAAAAACAAUAAAACAAUUGAGUCAUAUGAAGCUGUACUCAAAGAGGGCAGAUCAGAAGAAAGUAUAUCCGAUCUCUACGAUCUUUUCCAAAUGCUCAAUGCUAUCGAAAAAAAUAUUAAUGGGUCUUUAGGUGAUGGAUAUGAUUUCCUUUCUCCAAAUAAUAAUACAAAUGCAAAUGGUGAACCAAAACAAAAGAAGGCCAUUAAAAGAGAUCUCUAUACAAUUUACACAAAGGCUGGUUUAUCUAAAUUCCUUUCAAACUUUGGUAUGAGCGCUAGAGAAUUUGGUCAAAAUCUUAUGGAUAACUACACCACAAAUAAACCAAAAGAUAUUGCUACCGAUCCAUCAUCAUCCGCUUUGGGUCAUAUUUGCAUUGAGGCCGAUUCAAAGGACCGUGUAUUACAGGCUACCCGUUAUAUGAUGGCUCAAGAGAUUGGUUACGAUCCACAUGUCCGUUAUUCAGUUAGAAUGAUUUAUAGAAAGUAUGCCCACAUUACUACCGCACCAACUAUUAAAGGUUUCAAAGAGAUUGAUGUAUUCCAUCCUUAUUUUACAGUUAAAUCAAUUCAAGAAAAACCAGCCCAUCUUUUUGAUGAUAGUCAAUAUUUAUUAAUCCUCAAAGCAGAAAAAGAAGGUUUCAUUAAAUCAACAAUGGCAAUUUCUGAAAAGACCCAUAAUAGUGUUAUUAUACCAGAAAUGGAGGCAUUAUAUCUCAGCGAUGGCACAUCAUCAAUCACCCAACAAUGGAAUGAACAAAGAAAACUCAUUAUUCGUGAAGCAUUAACCAAAUUCCUUUAUCCAGUUUUAGAAAAAGAGUUAAGAAAUAAAUUAUUAACAGAGGCAUCAAAUCGUGUUGCUUUUGAAUGCGCUAAAAAAUUGGAAGAAAAGAUUCGUGUUGCUCCAUGGAAACCAUUAACAUCAAAUGCAAAUACAGGUCAUUCCAAUUCACUUCCAUUCAAAAUUCUUUCAUUAUGCUGGGGUGCUGAAAAGAUUCCAACCAUGGGUGCAGUAUUAAACUCUGAUGGUGAAGUAGUUACCCACGUCAAAUUAGAUUUUAUUUGUGACCGUUUAGGUGAAUCAUUAAAAGAAAAAAAAGAAAAGGAUAUAAAGAAAUUAGAAGAUAUUUGUUUGGAUCAUCAACCACGUCUUGUUAUCGUUAGUGCCUCCGAAAUGGACUCCAAGCGUCUUUUUGAAGAGGUUAAAAUUCACUUGGAAAGAUGGUGCAGUGGUGAACGUCGUAUAAUCAGAAAAUCAUGUUUAUUAAAUUAUUACAACUCAGAAAUUGGUUUAAGUUUACAAACCUCAAGUAGAAUGGAAGAAGAGUUCAAAGAAUAUCCACCAAUUCUCAGACAUGCAAUUGCAGUUGGUCGUUGUGCAUUGGAUCCACUCACUGAAUACUCUUCAUUAUGUACAGAUCACAACGAAAUUUUAUUCCUCAAGCUUCAUCCAUUACAGGAUAUGAUUGGCAAAGAUUAUCUUCUUAAAUUAUUACAUCGUUGCUUUAUUAAUGUGGUAAAUGCUGUUGGUGUCGAUAUUAACCGUAUGAUUCAAUGCCGUUUCACUUCAUCAACUCUUCAAUUUGUAAGUGGUUUGGGUAGCAGAAAAUCUCAAAUGAUUUUAAAUAAUAUUUUCCGUCGUGGUGGUUAUAUAACAUCAAGAGCAAUUUUAGGUAAACUUUUAAAUCAAGAUAUUGUAUAUAAGAAUUGUAUUGGUUUUAUUCAAAUCCGUGAAAGAUAUACAGCCGAGUAUAAGUCUGAUCUUUUAGAUGACACAAGAAUUCAUCCAGAUAAUUAUCCAAUCUCAUACAGAAUUGCUGCUGAGGCUUUAGAUAAACCAUUAGAUGAUCGUUAUUUACAAUCUUACAUUGAGGAUAUUAUGAAGAAACCAAAGAAAUUAGACCGUUUGGAUUUAGAUGCAUUUGCAGAUAUUCUCGAAUCUCAUGAUGGCCAUCCAGCACGUAAAUUAUUACAUUUCAUAAAGAAAGAGUUAACCCAUCCAUUUGCAGAUAUUAGACACUCGUAUGAAGAACCAACACCGGAACAAAUCUUUGAAUGGCUUACUGGUGAAACCGAAAGCUCAUUGAGAAGGGGUACAUUGGUCACCGUCACUACCAUUCGUGUUUUUGAUGGCCAAGUAAAGUGUAGAUUAGAUAAUGGUUUAGAAGGUUCAAUUCCAUCAGAUGCCCUUAGUGAUGAUGGUUCAGUCAAGUCAUUGGGUAGAGGCAUAACAAUUAAUUGCCGUGUAAUGUCUAUAGAUAAAGGUAAUUUUUCUGUAUCCCUUAGUUGCAAACCAUCUGAUCUUUCAGCUAGUCGUUGGGAGGAAACCUUAUUCCGUGAACUUAAAGAAAAUGGUCAAAAUCAAUACCUUCGUUUAGAAGAAACCGCACCACCAGAGCCACAAAAGAAAAAGGUUGUAAGAAGAGAAAAAAGACCAAAGAGAAGUGUUAUACAUCCAUUAUGGCACGAUUUCUCUUGUAUCGAGGCUGAAAACUAUCUUUCCGAUAAACCAAUUGGCGAGGUUAUUUUACGUCCCUCAAGUAAGGGUUUCGAUCAUAUCACAGCCACUUUUAAAUUUGGUGAAAGUAUUUAUCUUCACCACGAUAUCAAAGAAGCCGACAAACCAAAUGCUGUUAGUUUGGGUAAAUCAUUUUAUAUGGGUGAUACCAAAUAUGAUAGUUUGGAUGAAAUUUUAGCAAGACAUGUAGAGUACUUAAUUAAUAAUUUAAAUGAAGUUAAAUCAAAUGCUGCUCACUGGAAGGAUGGUAACCGUUCCGAUAUCGAUGAUAUAAUUAGAGCCGAAAAAGCUAAGCAUCCAAAAACAAUUCCUUACUACUUUGGUUAUGACUAUGAACAUCCAGGAUUCCUUACCUUAUACCAUGUUCCAAGUUCAACUCCAAGACACGAACCUAUUCUUGUUAAAGCUGAUGGUUUUAUUUUAAGAAAAAAACUAUAUCCAAGUUAUUUUGAACUAAUCAAAUAUUUUAAGAGAAAU